ACAUGUGUUAAAGAGUAAGGUUGCGAAGGAAGGACAUCAAUCAAUCGUCGACGUCGACCGUCCGGAGCUCUCUUGUUCUUCGCUUCAUAAUUUGCAUCUCUGUUCACCUUCUUCACCAAAAUCGCCGUGAAUUUUCCUUCAGCAAUUUACAGGUCUCCCUCAAUUCUUCGAUGUUUCCUAGCAAUGUCAGGUUAUCUUCCACAUGAAGUCUUAUUUAACAUUUUUCUAAAUCUUCCUCCAAAAACUCUUAUCCUCUGUUCAUGCGUCUCAAAAUCAUGGCGCUCUGUCGUCGCUAAUCCAAUAUUCAUCAGCACCCAUCGCAACCAAUCUUUAACCUGCAACAGGAAACUCCUGAUUCUCGGUCGGUAUUAUUAUAAUAGAACCGAGCCGAAAGUCCGGUAUUCGCUUCAUUUCGAUACAGACACAUUGGAUCUCUACCAGGAGUUGAAAUUCCCAUUCCCCAAUUCUAAUGGGGAUCUUAAGAUUGUGGGUGUUUCCAAUGGACUGGUUUGUUUCUUAGGUCUUGAUCUUCUCUUGUGGAACCCAUCAAUUCAAAGAGUUGUAGAUGUUCCUAGAACCAGCGAUACUGUCACCACCUAUGGUGUUCCAGAUUUCUACGCACUUGGAUUCGGCUUCGAUUCUUGUGCCGACGACCACAAGGUGGUUAGAUUGUUAUAUUUUGCAGACAAGGUUCCUUUUAGUUAUAAAAGAUCUCCUAAAGUUGAGUUAUAUGAGGUUGGGACAGGUUCAUGGAGAGCAAUUAACAACAAAGCUCCUCGCUGUGAGAUAGUUAGAUCAGGAUGGACACAAGCUUUUGUCAAUGGAGCUGUGCAUUGGAUAGCAUACAGGGAAAUUGGCACGGGAUAUAGGUGUUUCAUUUUGAGAUUUGAUAUAGUUAAGGAGUGCUUCAGUAUAAUAACUUUGCCCGAUUGUUUGGCUAAUAGCUCACCAUAUGACUUGAAAGUUACCGUGCUGGGAGGAGCACUUUCCAUUACGCUGUGUGGCUGGUAUUGUUUUGAAACAUAUAUGUCUUCUGUUUGGGUGCUGAAAAAAUAUGAUAUCCCUGAGUCUUGGACUAAAUUAAUCAGCUCUGGUCCAUCACAGGAGUUGGGAAUGGUGUUAGGACUUAGAGAAAAUGGAGAGAUGCUUAUGGAAUCUAAAAGUGGGGAAGUAGUUUUGUACAAUCCAUAUAUCCGGCUUAUGAAAAAUCUUGGAAUUUACGGUGCUGAAGGUACUUUCUAUUUAGAUUCGUAUGUUGAGAGCUUGGCUUUACUGAAUGAAGGAAAAGGAAUCUCGGAGAAAGUGGCUGAAGUUUAUGAUUAAGUCCUUAGUUUGCUGCUGCAAGGUGAUUGAUAAUAAUGGUAACGAUUUAUUUCUUAAAAAAUGUUGGGUCUCACCCUUUUGGCAUGUAUAUUUUGUAAAUAUUAAUAGGUUCAGUAUGUUGUGAACUUGCCUCCUGUUAAAUUUGAAAUAUGGUGAUGGUUCUUUGUUUUGGUCAUUGUUUUUUAAUAAAGUUGCAUGAAAAUUAAAUGAAUGAUCUGAAUCUCUAAGGCAAUGAUAAAGUUGAGUGACUUCACUGUUUCCAUA